GGGCCGGGCAAGUGUCAGCAUAGCCACCUUGUUCGCGCGGUGAUUGAAAUAGUAUAGUACCUGCAGCCAGCCCGUAAAACCCUAAGACACGCGUCCCUGGUCGUCCAAGGCCUUGGAAGAAUAACUACCCGGCUGCCCCGGAAACACUGCGUUCCUUUGUUUCUUGUGUUCUGCCUGCACUACACAGCCAAGCUUUUGCCCAAGGUCUACCAAGCUGCGCUGGGGGAAGCUUCGACUACUCUUGACAUUCGUUACCUACAUUCGUUAUCGACAGCCAACAUGGUAAUGUGGAAGCGUCUUGUUCCCACCGCCGUGGCGGCGCUGGCUGCCAGCGGGGUGAGCGCAGCGAGCUACGACGACAUUCCAGACAUCGAGGUCUAUGGACAACAUUUCUUCUACACAAACAAUGGCUCGCAAUUUUAUCUCAAGGGUGUCGCAUACCAGCAGAACUACUCUCCCAAUGGCUCAACAAGCGCCAAUACCAAGUACACUGACCCGCUUGCCGAUGGCGACGCCUGCCGACGAGAUAUUCCCUACCUCAAGCAAAUCUACACAAACAUUAUCCGCGUGUACGCUAUCGACCCGACCCAAAACCAUGACGACUGCAUGGCGCAAUUGGCCAGCGCAGACAUCUAUGUCAUCUCCGACUUGGGCGAGCCCGGCACAUCCAUCGAGUCAAACAACCCAGAGUGGGAUGUCACGCUUUACCAGCGAUACACAGGCGUCGUCGAUGCGCUGAGCAAGUACCGAAACGUCAUUGGUUUCUUUGCUGGUAACGAGAAUGUUAGCAGCGACAACCAAACCGCCGCUGCCGCAUUCGUCAAGGCUGCUGUCCGCGACACAAAGACAUAUAUCAAGAACCAGAACUACCGCAGCACUUUGGGAGUGGGCUAUGCAACUGCCGAUGUCCCGUCUCGCGACGAGCUCGCGCAUUACUUUGCGUGCCAACCCGGCAACGCGGGUAACACAACCUCGAUCGAUUUCUGGGGUUACAACGUUUAUUCUUGGUGCGGUGACAGCAACUACGCAAGCUCUUCCUACGGCGAACGCGUCCAAUUCUUCUCCGAUUAUCCGGUGCCCGUUUUCUUCGCUGAAUACGGUUGUAUCGAGGGUCUUAGCAGCCCCACAAGCCGUCCAUUUACUGAGGUCGAAGUUUUGUACGGCAAUAUGACCGACGUCUUCUCUGGUGGUAUCGUCUACGAGUGGUUCAUGGGCGCAAAUGACUACGGACUCGUUUCAUUGGCUGAUAACGGCGCAAGUGUGUCUCCAUACCCCGACUUCACGUCUCUACAAAGCCAGCUUGCUUCCGUUACUCCGACCACCACUCAGCGCUCCGAGUACACACCUACCAAUUCAGCACCCGCCUGCCCUUCAGUGGGUGGAACUUGGCUCGCGCAAGCUUCUCCGUUGCCUCCCAACGUAAACCCUCAGCUAUGCGCGUGUAUGGUAGACAGUCUACAGUGCGUCUACACUUCCGACGACGACGACGCUUACGCCGACGACUUCAACUACAUCUGCGGCGAGAACGAGGACUACUGCAGCGGAAUUGCGCGCAACUCUACAACUGGCGACUAUGGUGCCUAUUCUGGCUGUGAUCCCAAGGACCAGCUCGCUUUCGUUGCAAACCAAUACUACAUUGGUCAGAAGAAGCGCGCAGAUGCCUGCAGUUUCUCGGGUAGGGCAAGUACUCAGAGCGCAUCGACUGCGAGUGGUUGUGCCUCGUUGCUGAGUGCUGCGGGCAAGAACGGUGACGGCACCGUACCCACUGCUACAGGCAAGGGCACAGCAGCUGUGAGCGGCGGCAGUGGCAGUGGUGGAGCAGCAAGCUCCAGUAAGUCCGAGGCUGCUGCUCCUAGCGUUAAUGCCCCUGGCUUCUUUGCCCAUGGUGAUUUGGUCAUGGGUGCAUACGCUGUUCUGGCAGCAGGAAGUUUGCUGGGCAUGCUUGUACUAUAGGUUAGCUGGAGAGAGGUGUGGUGUGGUGAUGAAGCAUGCUUGGAUGCUAUGCAGUGAGCCUAUAUGCUGAGGAGCAAGUGUUUGGGGGCUUUUUUUUUGGCGUUUUUAAUCAUUGUUACAAUUGACCAAUAUAGUUCAACUUUCUCUCAAGCUUAACUAGCUGUACGUACCACACGUGAAGACCAGACUCGGUGACUCUCGUGGCCGAC